UCUUCUCGCACUGCUCUCUCUCGAUCUCUCUCGUCUUGGUUCGUUGUUUCGACUUCAUCCCAAGUUUCAAGUCUGCCUCUUUCCCCAAUCCCUUUUUUAAGUUUCCAAAACAGAGUUCUCCUCUGUUUUCUCUUCCCACUUUCUUGGCAACCAAACAACCACGCCAGUUUCUGCGCUACUCGCAAUUCAUCAGUACCUUCGUUUUCCUAAGAUGGUGAGUUUGAUUGAGGAAAGAGAGAAGAUGGCGAAGCAAAAUGUGGUCGUCUCCGACACCACCUCCGGCAUCAACAUGGCGAUAAAGGUCGCCAUGUCGCCGGCGGCGCAAAAGCCCCCGGUCGCUCCCGGCGGCUAUAUCACCAUUUCUCGGACCAAGGUCCUCGAAAUCAAUGUUGAGUCAAUGAGAGCUUCCUCUCCGACCCAUCUCAAGUCCACCCCUUCUUUCUCCGAUGACCAGAUUUUUCAUCACCCAUCGGCCCUGAAAAUGUUCGAGCAGAUAACGAACGCUUCGAAAGGGAAACAAAUCGUGAUGUUCCUCGACUACGACGGCACGCUUUCCCCCAUCGUCGACGACCCCGAUCGAGCUUUCAUGUCCGACGCGAUGAGGGCAACUGUUCGAAAACUUGCCAGAUAUUUUCCCACUGCUAUAGUGACUGGCAGAUGCAGAGACAAGGUGUAUAGCUUUGUUCAGUUAGCGGAGUUGUACUACGCCGGAAGCCAUGGAAUGGACAUCAAAGGGCCAUCAAAAGGCUCCAAAUACAAGAAUGAUGCUCGUGCCGUUCUUUUUCAACCGGCAAGCGAAUUCCUUCCGAUGAUCGACGAGGUUUACAAAGCAUUGCUGGAGAAAACAAAAUCUACUCCCGGGGCUAAAGUCGAACAUAACAAGUUCUGCCUCUCUGUGCACUUUCGCUGUGUUGAUGAGAAGAAAUGGAGUGAACUUGCACAACAGGUCAGAUCAGUGCUGAAGGGGUACCCAAACCUUCGAUUAAACCAAGGAAGAAAGGUUCUGGAGAUCCGCCCUACAAUUAAAUGGGACAAAGGCAAGGCCCUUGAAUUUUUGUUAGAGGCCCUGGGGUUCGGCAAUUGUACAGAUGUGUUCCCGGUUUACAUUGGAGAUGACCGGACCGACGAAGAUGCCUUCAAGGUAUUGAGGGAAAGAGGACAGGGUUCUGGCAUUCUGGUGUCCAAGAUUCCCAAGGAUACCCAUGCAUCUUAUUAUUUACAGGAGCCAGCCGAGGUAAUGCACUUUCUACAGCGACUGGUGACAUGGAAAAGGGUGUCGCUGAGAAGGCCGCUGAAACAAAUCAAAGGGUCAACCCUAAUUGAGAAAUAUGUGAUGGUUGUGGGGGGAAAGAAUAAUAAAUAUGGCAGAAGAAGCAACAAGCAGCUGCUGGGACUGGGAGACAAUUACCCAACUAAUAAUAAUAAUAAUAAUAAUAACAGCAAGGAUUGUGUCCAGGCCAAAAGGCCUUGUGACCGUGUCCAUCUUGUAACUAGCUAGCCAUGUACAACCGAAUUAAACACUACUGUAACUUCAGCUGCCUCCUCCUUAAGUGCAUAUAAAGUUUUACUCUCUCUUCUCACUCA